ACUGAAUAAGAGCUUCUAAAUUUAGAUACUACAGAUAUCAAAACGAACUGAUAAUGUCUCCUCCCUAAAUUUAAAUUUAACGAACUACGAUUUCCCGAUUGGCCCAAAAAUCUGAUAAACUGAUCAACUACUUGGUAAAAUAAAAAUACUUACAACCUAGUUGAGCUAAUUUUCUUAAGACCAUCUUGAUGAAAACGGUUUUCUUUAGCACUGGCGGGCCCUCAAAAAAACCGGGUUGGGCCGUACAUUAUGUACAUGUUUAUUUAUCCCUCCAUUUUAUGAAAGCCUGAAAGGGUAUGAACUCAACUCAUUUAUGGUGUUAUUGAGGAGAUUAUAUCAAUAAUCAUUAUAAUCAUUAGUCAUUAAGAUUUAAAUAAGCGCAGUCAAAAAGAAUUUCUUUCUAUACGUAUGUACAUUCUGAGCAAACAGUAUUUUGGUUAUGAAAUUGGUCAUUUGGUGAAUGGCAAGAGUGAAUUCAAGAAGGUAAAAUUGUUGCACUGAUUUGAAAUUACGAGUAAGUUGUUUUCAUCGCAAUCCGUAUAUGUACCUUUAAUAGGAUAGGCAGGCAACAUGUUUGUCUCAUGUUAAGUAUGUAGGUAUUUGAAAGGUAGAAGGGUAUAUGAUUCUAUCCUAGUCUUGCACCGGUAACAUCGUACGAGUGAAAAUGGAUUUCAAAUAUUAGUCAUGAAGCACUCAUUCGUCAAUAUUUCCAUUUUCACACAAUUUAUCAAAGUUAAAUAUCAACAAAAUGACUCAAAAAAUAAACCGCUAAACCACAUGACUUUCCAAGCAACGACCGGAUUCGAAACAAAUCACUAGAACUACAUAGUGCAUAGUUCGUCGUAAGAAUUUUUGAGUAAAAGUGAAAUCUACCAUGAAAACUUAUGAGAUGAUGCAAGAAAUGUUGGUGGUCAUCAUAUUCCUCAUAGCUCCUUCAAUUUGUACUGAUUCAAAAAACAUAAUAUACGUUUCAAAAAUAGUAAAUGAAGUAAAUUCGAAUUUUCAAAACACUUGGCAGGCAAGUUCUUACGGUUUCACCACAUUGAAUAGAGGGAGCUUUGUUCAGACAAGACUUGGUUUAGAUUUAGCUGAUAUUGAUGAGUUGACAGAAAUAAAAGAAAAUGAAAAGCUUCUCGAUAAAUAUCUCAACAUGAAAAAUAAUCACGAGAAAAUCGAAGAUCACAAUCUUCCGCAAUCUUUUGACACUAGAAUAAAUUAUCCUUACUGUCGUUCGAUUCAACACAUUUGGGAUCAAUCCAAUUGCGCUUCGUGUUGGGCUAUUUCAGCAUCCUCAGUAUUGAGUGAUCGAUUAUGCAUUAAAACUAAAGGAGAGCGGAAUGUAUUGUUGUCAAUUGAACACUUAAUAGCGUGCAAUAAGAAAAAUCGAGGUUGCAAAGGAGGAGGACUCCAAAAAACAUGGGAAUUUCUACAGACGCAAGGAACGGUAACGGGAGGAGACUUUCAUUCGGACGAAGGAUGCCAGCCCUACAGUAUUCGUCCAUGUGGUUGGCCGAGUAAAUUACCAUGUAAAUUUUCAUCGGCUCUGACACCAAAAUGUAAAAACACUAAAUGUUCGAACGAAUGGCAUGAUGAUGAGUACGAAGUCAAUAUUGUCAAAGCAAAAAGUUUCUAUAUACUGAGCAACGUCACUUUGGGCUCUUUGAAUGAAAUUUUAAUCAUGAAAGAAAUUUACUCUAAUGGACCUGUUCAAGCAGCUUUCCUUGUUUAUGAAGAUUUUUUGACAUAUAAAUCAGGAAUCUACCAGCAUAAAGGUACUUCAUUCGAUGCCCCAUUAUCGGGGCUUUCGGUAAAAAUCAUCGGCUGGGGUGAAGAAAACGGAAUCAAAUAUUGGAUAGCGGUCAAUUCAUGGAGUGAAGAAUGGGGUGAAAAUGGUACUUUCAGAAUAAUACGAGGAGAAAACCAAUGUCUCAUAGAAACAUUUGUUUACACUGGCGUACCCGAAUUGAUCACUUAAUAUACGAUAUCUUGAAAA